AUGACUUCCAAUGCGAUUUCUGACGCCAGAGCCUCGCAAUCCGACAGAAUUGAUACGGCUCUGGAUUCAGACACCGCGUCAAGCAUACUACCAGCCAGCCAUGCAACGGCUUCGACCUCCAUCCAAACUCUGCCUCCGGGCUCGUUGAAAACACUCAGCCCAGCGACUGAAGAUAUACGACCCAGCUCCUCUUCCGAUUCUGGCGCGAUAAAGGUUGGCCCUAGUCAGAAACACAUUUUUGGCACGGAUGGCGACUUCCGGAAUAGUUCUACGCCAGAGCUGCGGGAUCUGAAGACCGACAUGAUGUGUAACUGGCUCCAUCAGCAGCAGCUAGAGAAAAUGUGGUCUACAAACGGUCUAGAAGAGGGAGUCAUGAUCAAGAAAGCCAAGGAUGAGUAUAAAUGCGCCCCUGAAGAUCUGCGAUCUCGUCCAGACGGAUUGUUUGAUGCGGUGAAAAAGCUCAACGUCAAGUGUGCCAUGACCAUCAACACGGGAAUCAUCAAGCUCCUCCUCCGCAACCAGGGCAUGUCGUAUCUCCCACUAGACUCAGGUCUCCGACUGCAAAUCCUCCCUAAUAUCUCACAUCUCCCAGGUUGCCAGAAGCAUCACUUUGCCGCCUUCAUUCAAGACUACUCUAUUCUUGUUGUCUGGGACGAUGACCCGAACCACAUCAUGCGGCGUGUUCACGGCAUUGUGGAUCAACUGAUCAGCAUGUUCUGGAAGGAGGAGACUGCCGACGACGAGUCCGCGGCUCCGAUGACGAGUGCAAUGCCCAGCACCAUCAAUCUCAAUGCUGGAGAGGAUUCGCAAGGAUCUGAGGUCGCAGUCAGCUUAGCCCCUCGUCGGAUCAUUCUCAUUCAGCCUGUCCUAACAGCCAUCACACUCGUGCUGCUUAUGAGCGCCAUCGGCAGUGGCUGGCGUGAAAUCGCGCUUGAAAUCAAGGUUGACCAUUCCUGGAUCCGGCUUGCGUUCAUCUUUGUAGUGCCCCUCCAGUGUUGGCUGGCACUUUUCUUCAUGCAGUCGGUUGCUGGCAGUGUGGCCCAGAUCAUCGGUCCUAUCAGUCAAAUGACUACGAACACCAAGUUCUUUUCGGGUCAAGCACCAUGUCGACUUUCGACCACCUCCACGCUACCGCACGUCACGAUUCAAUGCCCGGUAUACAAAGAAGGCCUUUGGUCGGUGAUUGAUCCGACCAUCAAGUCGAUCAAGGCUGCUAUUUCCACGUACGAAAUGCAAGGCGGCUCUGCUAACAUUUUCGUCAAUGACGACGGCAUGCAGCUCAUACCUGCAGACCAAGCGCAGGAAAGACGGGACUACUACGAUGAGCACAAUAUUGGCUGGGUAGCAAGACCGAGGCAUAAUCCGAAACCAGCCGACGGCGAAAAGCCAUUCAUCCGAGCGGGCAAGUUCAAGAAGGCCUCCAACAUGAACUAUGCACUGAACGUGGGCGCCCGCGUCGAGGAUAAACUUGCCCUCGUUGACCGUACCGAAGGCUGGACGUCGGAACGAGAGCGCAAUGCAUAUGAAGCUACCCUGGCUGAAAUCGUCGCCGAAGACGAAGGACGUACCCAAGCUGAUGGAAACAUCCGCGUGGGUGACUACAUUCUGCUGAUCGAUUCGGACACACGUGUCCCCGUUGACUGCUUCCUCGACGCCGUCAGCGAGAUGGAACAGUCUCCAGAAGUCGCAAUCAUCCAAUUCGCCUCAGGCGUCAUGAACGUUACCGACAGCUGGUUUGAGAAAGGCAUCACUUUCUUCACCAACUUGGUAUACUCGGCCAUUCAAUAUGCAGUUUCGAACGGGGACGUGGCGCCUUUUGUCGGGCAUAAUGCGUUUCUACGCUGGAAGGCCGUGCAGGACGUUGCAUACGUGUCUGCUGACGUGAAUGAUGGCAUUAUCAAGGAAAAAUACUGGUCGGAGGCGACCGUGUCCGAAGACUUCGACAUGGCCCUGCGCCUACAGACAAGCGGAUACAUCUUGCGUCUCGCAGCAUAUGCUGGGCAAGGGUUCAAAGAAGGGGUCUCGCUUACCGUGUACGACGAACUGGCGCGCUGGGAAAAGUACGCAUACGGGUGCUCGGAGCUCAUCUUCCACCCAUUUGCGCAGUGGCUGUCCAAGGGCCCAUUCACGCCACUAUUCCGCGGAUUUAUCGCCAGCAAUAUGCCGUUGCCGUCGAAAGUGACCAUCAUGGCCUACGUGGGCACGUACUAUGCGAUCGGAUCUGCGUGGAUUCUCACGCUGGUCAAUUACUGUAUCAUUGGGUGGUUCAACGGGCACCUGGACCACUACUAUAUCGACAGCUUCAAGAUCUACUUUGCCAUCAUCCUGGUGUUCACCGCGCUUGGCAAUGUCGCCCUCGCAGUCAUGCGGUAUCGGGUCGAGAACACCACGCUGGUGGCUGCAUUCUGGGAAAAUUUCCGCUGGGUGCCGCUCCUUACAAUCUUCCUGGGCGGCAUCUCGCUGCACGUCUCACAGGCCAUCCUCAGCCACCUCUUCAGCGUCGACAUGACUUGGGGCGCGACGAGCAAGGAGGCCACCGACACCAGUUUCUUCAAGGAAGUGCCCGUUAUUCUUCGCAAGUUCCGCCUGACGUUUGUCUUCUGUGCCGUCGUGAGUCUUGGGAUGAUCAUUGUCGCGGGCGUGGGCCCAGUCGGCGCAUUGGUCCCCUAUGACUGGCAUAUCUCCUUCUUCACCGCCAUCUGGCCUCUGGCGACUAUUGUUGGUUCACACGCGCUGCUGCCCCUCGUCCUGAACCCAGGGUUGAUGCAGUUUACUUUCUGA